CUCCCUCCUGGCACCAUGGCUGCUGGCCUCAAAACCGUCAUUCUUCUGUCUUUCGUACUUGCUGUAGGAUUCUUACUGAUCAUAUUGUCUUGUGCGCUAUGGCACAACUGGCUACCGCUUCUCGUUGCCCUAACAUUCGUUCUCGCACCUCUUCCUAACGCCGUAUUCUCUCACUGUGGCUCGGACGACUUUUCGAGCCAAUAUGAAGGCGGUGGUGGACCUAUCGACCUGGGACGUUUCAUUACAUCUCUUGUCGUCGUCACCGGAUUCGCUCUUCCCGUUGUAUUGGCGCACUCCGAUGUCAUUACAAAGAGUGCAUGUGUAAUGUCCAUCAUUGGGGGAGGAUUGGUGUAUGGGACGAUACUGGCGUAUUCAGCUGCUUUCAAACAAGAUGAAUCGGACUUCGACUAA